GGUGAAGGGCCCUUCCUGGUCUCAGGCUUCGGGGUUGACUUUGAAGAGGAGCCGGCGACAGCGGUUUUGGUGCUGUGCUGACAUUGCUGCUGCAGGGAGCUGAGCGGAGAGCAUUCCCGAGCUGGGAAACCACAACAUGAUCCAGAAAAGUUCUUUGGCGUAGAGGGAGCAUAUUGCAAACUUACGGGAGAUUCACCCUUGCCUAACAAGCCAAUCAGACCCUCCAGGCGACCUGCCACUCAGAAGUGGUGAAGGGCCCUUCCUGGUCUCAGGCUUCAGGGUUGACUUUGAAGAGAAGCCAGCGACAGCGGUUUUGGUGCUGUGCUGACAUUGCUGCUGCAGGGAGCUGAGCGGAGAGCAUUCCCGAGCUGGGAAACCACAACAUGAAGGCAGUGACCUAUGAUGAUGUAUACAUCAACUUCACUUGGGAAGAGUGGGCUUUGCUGGAUCCUUCCCAGAAGGAGCUCUAUGAAGAUGUGAUGCUAGAGACCUACAGGAACCUCAGGAGUAUAGGUUACAGUUGGGAAGAUCAUAACAUUGAAGAAAAUUAUCAAAUUUCUAGAAGACAAAAGAGGAACUAUAGAAACCAAACUGGUGAGAAACCUGAAUACACUCAAUGUGCUGAAGCCUUUGCAUAUGGCUGUCAUCUUCAAAAACAUGAAAAACCACAUACUAGAGAGAAAUCCUAUGAAUGUAAUCAGUGUGGUAAAGCCUUUGCAUUUCGUAGUAAUCUUCAAAACCAUGAAAGAACACAUACUGGAGAGAAACUGUAUGAAUGUAACCUGUGUGGUAAAGCCUUUGCAUUUCCUAGUAAUCUUCAAAACCACAAAAGAACACAUACUGGAGAGAAACCUUAUGAAUGUAAUCUGUGUGGUAAAGCCUUUGCAUUUCCUAGUAAUCUUCAAAACCACAAAAGAACACAUACUGGAGAGAAACUGUAUGAAUGUAAUCUGUGUGGUAAAGCCUUUGCAACUAAAUGUAAUCUUCAAAGUCAUGAAAGAACACAUCCUGGAAAGAAACCCUAUGAAUGUAAUCAGUGUGGUAAAGCCUUUGCACGUCACAAUUCUCUUAAAAUUCAUGAAAGAACACAUACUGGAGAAAAACCCUAUACAUGUAAUCUGUGUGGUAAAGCGUUUGCACAUCACAAUUCUCUUAAAAGUCAUAAAAUAACACAUACUGGAGAAAAACCCUAUACAUGUAAUCUGUGUGGUAAAGCGUUUGCAGUUCAACAUACACUUAAAAUCCAUAAUGAAAUACAUACUAAAGAAAAACCCUAUGAAUGUAGUCUGUGUGGUAAAAGGUUUCAUUAUCACAGUCGUCUUCGAACGCAUGAAAGAACCCAUACUGGGGAGAAACCCCAUGAAUGUAAUCUGUGUGGUAAAGCCUUUUCACGUCUUAGUCAUCUUCAGAGUCAUAAAAGAACACAUACUGGAGAGAAACCCUAUGAAUGUAAUCAGUGUGGUAAAGCCCUUUCUUGUCAAAGCUCUCUUCGAAGGCAUAAAAGAACACAUACUGGAGAGAAACCCUAUGAAUGUAAUCUGUGUGGUAAAGCCUUUAGACAUCCUUCUUUUCUUCAACGUCAUGAAAGAACACAUACUGGAGAGAAGCACUAUGAAUGUGAUCAGUGUGGUAGACCCUUCGCAUAUAAAUUUAAUCUUAAAAUUCAUAAGAGAAUACAUACUGGAGAGAAACCCCAUGAAUGUAAUCUCUGUGGUAAAGCUUUUUCAGUUCCAUAUAAGCUUAAAGUCCAUAAAAGAACACAUAUUGGAAAAAUACCCUAUGAGUGUAGUCUGUGUGGUAAAAUGUUUCAUUAUCACAGGCAUCUUCAAAUGCAUGAAGGAACCCAUAUUGGAAAGAAACCCCAUGAAUGUAAUCUGUGUGGUAAACCUUUUGGACGUCUUAGUCAUCUUCAGCGUCAUGAAAGAACACAUACUAGAGAGAAACCCUAUGAAUUUAAUCAGUGAGGUAAAGCCUUUUCUUGUCAAAGCUCUCUUCUAAAGCAUAAACGAACACAUAACUGGAGAGAAACCUUAUGAGGAAAGAAGUGUGGUAAAGCCUUUGCAUGUCAUAGUUCUCUUCAAGAUCAUGAGGGAACACAUACUGGAGAGAAAUCCCAUGAAUGUAAUCCAUGUGGUAAAGUCUUUGCAUGUCAAAGUGUUCUUGGAAUGCAUAAAGAAAAAACAGUGGAGCCAAAGCCUAUGAAUGUAAUGUGUGUCUUACAGUCUUUGCAAAUAACAGUCAUCUUCAAUGGCAUAAAAGAACAAAUACUGGAGAGAAACCCUCGAAAUGUUAUCAGUGUGGUAAAGCCAUUACACUCUUCUUCAAAUGCAUAAAAGGACUCAUACUUGAGUGGAACUCUGAAUGCAGUCAGUGUGGUGAAGCCUUUACUGACCAGUUAUAUUAAAAGGCAUAAACGGACUCAGUCUGGAGAAAAACUUUCUAAUCAAUGUGGUUAAUCUUUUAUAUCAUAAUAGUCAUCUUCAAAUGCGUAAAAGAACACAUACUUGAGAGAAAUCUUAUGCAGUCUUCAAAAUCAUGAGAAAAAGUCAUCCAAUUUUGAAACUCCAUAAAUGUCCUCAGUUUUAAAAAGUUUUUCAGUCAUAAAAUUUUUGUGUACAUUCAAUUUGAUAACGACUUUGCAUAUUACAAUUGUCAUUGUUACCUAGAAUGGAUACUGAUGUCUUUUUAUUGUAAAGUAUUUGGUAAGAUCUUUAGCCAAUAUUCUUACUGUGCUGAUAUUUUGUUUAUGCUUUAACAUGCAAAGCUUACCUGAAGGUCAGAGUGCUGUGAUGUGAUAGGCUAUAGUUAGCCACAGAGCGCAGGCAGUGGUGACACACAUCUUUAAUCCCAGCAGUCAAGAGGCAGGGGCAGGUGGUUCUCUGUGAUUUCUAGGCCACCUUGGAUACACUAGAUUGACCACUCUAAAAGAGAAACAGCAAGGCAGUUGUGGCUCACAUAUUUAAUAUUGGAAUUUGUAAACCAUGUGCCAUUAAUUCUAGCACUUGGGAGGUGGAGACAGGAUGGUAUAUGACUUGGCAGAGAGAAGAACAUAAGGCAGGAGGAAAAAGGAGAUUAGCCCAUUAAGACUGAGGAUUUGUAGAGACAGGGUCUUCCCCACUUUGUUCUGAGGAUUUGGUAAAGGUAAAUAAUUUCUCUGAUGGCUUGCUCCUUUAUUUCUGUGAUCUUUCAGCAUUUACCCCGAUAUAUGAGUCCAGGUUUAUAUUACUAAGACUAAUUAGAAAUUGUGCUAUGACUUACAAUCAGUUAAGCAACAGUAACUUUUCUCUAGAAAUAAACUGACAGUGUCAACAAUCUCUUCAAGGAUUAUGAUGUCCAUUUUUGUAUUGUGUGCACUGUGAAACUCAUAGGAAAAAUGAAUUCAUGAAUUUUUGAUACCUUAUGUGUAGGCUAAAAGGUUAGCCAUAGGAAUACAUUCUGACCUUGAAACCAGGGCCAAGCAAACACGCUUUGCCCCUGAAUCCAGAGCCAGUAAAAGAAUCACACUCUACCAUGACCAACUGAACACAAAAUCACUCCGUAUGCUUGAAACCAACCAAUCCCUGAUCAUGAAAUCCAGCCAAUCUCUGUUUUAAUUGAGCAAUUGAUGUCUGACUGGUUUCCACCCUGAAAAUCUUAUCCAUGGAAAAUCUCUGCCCUAAGCAACUCUGUAUCAACCCUGUGGUUGUUGAGUUAGCAGCUGCCCUUUUCUACACUUGGAGAGGCAGUCACUCUCCUGGAUUCCUCCCUCUCAAAUAAAUCUCUUGAGUGAGUUUUGAAUAAAGACCUGUCUCUGGAGUUUAUUCUUCCAAAAGAGAG